CAAAAGCUUUCUCGUUUAGAGCGCGAACGCAGGAAAAAAAAAAAACACUAAAUAAGUUAAUAGCGCUAAGCCUAAACACUACAACCUAAUGAAAAGCCCUAAUUUUCUCGAUUGUUGAAUUCAAAAUUGGUAAUACCUUUGCAAUUUAUCUAAUCGAUCCUUGCAUUGCCUUAUUAAUGUCUUGAUCCAUGUUCAACAAAAGCAACGUAUCAAUCUCGAUCUCCGAUGAAGAGUCAGACGAACUUGCCCGGAUGAGAGUCCGAGUUCGUAGGAAGCGUAAGAAAAACCAGUUACGAGUCAAGAGCGCGUUCACUCUACUACUUCUUAGAUUUUUUUUGAGGUACUGGACUCUGUUGAUCUUUGUUCUCGCUGCUGGAUUACUUCUUUUUGAAGCCACUAGAAUUGGGAGGAAACCUGGUUUGGUUGUUAAGUCUAAAGACAGUCCCGUUGAAGUGAAGAAUUCGAGUUCGGUGGAACAUUCGACUCGGAUUGAACCACGGACGAGAGAUGCCCGUGGUGGCAGGGAUCGUUGCUUGAAGCUGUUACCUCCUGAUGAGCUUGAGCAUCUGGAUCUUCCUGUGAAUGAAGAAACCAGAAGUCAUGUAAAGAAAGUGAUUUACUUUUCAGAGAAUGGUAUACUUGAUGUAGUAGGGAACGAUACCUUUUCCCAACAGAAAAGCAAAGGCACAAGAUUUAAUUUAUUUACAGGAUACCAGACUUUGGAUCAGAGAGAGAAAAGUUUCAAGGCUAGUAAAACUGCUGAGGUACAUUGUGGUUUUUACAGUGAAAAUGGAGGAUUUACAGUCUCAGAUGAGGACAAAAGGUACAUGCAAAAUUGCAAAGUUGUGGUAUCUACUUGUGCAUUUGGGGGAGGAGAUGCUCUUCAUCAACCAAUUGGAAUGUCAGAGGCAUCACUUAAGAAGGUGUGCUAUGUUGCAUUUUGGGAUGAAAUUACCCUGGCAGCUCAGGAAUCAGAGGGGCAUAAAAUUGGUGAUGAUGGAUUUAUUGGGAAAUGGCGCAUUGUGGUUGUGAGGGAACUCCCAUUCACAGACCAGAGGUUGAAUGGUAAAAUUCCAAAGAUGUUGGCACAUCGCCUCUUCCCUCAUUCAAAGUACUCUAUUUGGGUUGACUCGAAGUCUCAGUUUAGGAAGGAUCCUUUGGGGGUGUUGGAAGCCCUUCUUUGGCGUUCAAAUUCUGUGCUUGCGAUUUCAGAGCAUGGAGCUCGCAGUAGUGUUUAUGAUGAAGCUAAGGCAGUUGUUAAUAAACACAAAGCCACCCCAGAAGAAGUUGAAGUGCAGUUGGCUCAAUAUCACCAUGAUGGCCUCCCUGAGAACAAGAGGUUUAAUGGAAAGAAAGCUCUAUCUGAAGCAUCAGUCAUUGUGCGAGAGCAUACACCAUUAACUAAUCUGUUUAUGUGCAUCUGGUUCAAUGAGGUGGUUCGAUUCACUUCUCGAGAUCAGCUGAGUUUCCCAUAUGUUCUAUGGCGGUUGAAUGUGUCUGAGAACAUCAACAUGUUCCCUGUUUGCACCCGUAAGGACCUUGUUAAUGCCAUGGGUCACAUACGCAAGGCGAAGCCCUUGAACAGUACAAUGUCCAUGUUCUAAACGUGAAUUUAUCACCAAUACAAAUUAGACUUUUCGGAUUUGAGGAGGUAGUUUGUUUCAGGAGCAGUGUAUUAAAGUGAUAUCGAGAGAAGAUACCAAAUCCUGGGCUUUCGAUCAUGCUGCCUAGAAUCAUAUUCUGCACUGUAAUAGCGUUAGCCACUCGGCAGCAAUUCUCUUGGCUGUGGUAUCCCCUGUAGUUCACAAGGGACAAUCAAAGCACCACUCCAGUCCCUGGUUGGUUCUUUCCUUGUAUAUUCAACAACCACAUUGCAUCAUCCUCUAAAACACAACCAAUAAUCAAAUCUAAUGGAGGAGCAUUUAUCUUUCAGCUUACACUGCCGGAGGGACCUGACAGCACUUCUCGGGCGGUCGGAAAAGCUCAAGGUUUCAUUGUCCCAAUUGAACAUUUUGCACAUUCAGCAUUCAACGUUAAUUAUCUCACACUUGAAGCCCCAGUGUGUGCUGGU